CCUUGGGAACAAAGAAAAAUACAUAUGACCAGUUACAAAUAAUGUGCCAAGUGCAGAAACUGAGGAGUGUACAAAGUGCUGUAGGACCAGGAGGAGAGAGCAAGAGAGUGAGCAGGGGGAGACUUGGGGAGGCUUGGAGAGGGCGGUGAGGGGGCGAUGCUCCAACUGAGGCCUCAGAGAUGUGGUAAGAGACUGUUUCUGGCCUUGAGCAAAACUUUACUGGUUCCCCUUAAUCAAUUACCCAACGCCUGGGAGAUGCGACUGGACUGGAAAAACAAAAACAGCCGAUUCCCAAGGUGCGGAAACUGUGCACUCCACUGUGAAGGCUGCUUGAAAACAGCAGCCGCCUCCUCCUGGAUGUUUCCCCACACAGCUCCACCCUGGCCGCCUGUCUACACAUUCUACACGUUCCACACACGUUUGGCUGCAUGUGUGCUUUUGUCUUGGUUUUUAAUGUCGUUCUGGGUACAGAGUCAUACGUUAUAGUAUCCUCUGUGCAAUGAAAAUAUGUUUAAUAGAAUUCCAGAUAUGUAGAUGAGUGCUGAGGGGCGAGUGGCCCAGACGCCAGGCUGCAGGGGACCAAGAGCAUGAUGUCUUUCCGCGACCUCCGCAAUUUUACAGAGAUGAUGAGAGCCUUGGGAUACCCUCGCCAUAUCUCUAUGGAAAACUUCCGCACACCAAAUUUUGGACUUCUGUCUGAAGUGCUGCUUUGGCUUGUGAAACGGUAUGAACCUCAGACCGACAUCCCUUCCGAUGCUGAGACUGAACAAGACCGAGUUUUCUUCAUUAAGGCAAUUGCCCAGUUCCUGGCCACCAAGGCACAUAUAAAACUCAAUAAGAAGCUUUAUCAGGCAGAUGGGUAUGCAGUGAAAGAGCUUUUGAAGAUCACCUCUGUCCUUUAUAACGCCAUGAAGACCAAAGGGAUGGAGGGCUGUAAGAUAGGAGAGGAGAACAUCAGCAAAUUCAAGUUUGAUCUUGGCUCAAAGAUUGCAGAUUUGAAAGCAGCCAGGCAGCUUGCUUCUGAAAUCCUCUCCAAAGGAGCAUCUCUGUAUGACCUGCUGGGCAAGGAGGUAGAGUUGAGGGAACUGAGAACAGAAGCAAUUGCCAGAACUCUGGAAAUAAAUGAGACUGAAAAAGUGAUGAGAAUUGCAAUAGAAGAUAUUUUGGCGCAGGUGCAGAAGACUAAAGAUCUGCUCAAUAAUGUGGCCUCUGGUGAAGCUAAUUUAGAAGCCAAAAUCGAGAAGAGGAAAUUAGAACUGGAACGAAAUCGGAAGCGGCUCCAGACUCUGCAGAGUGUCAGGCCAGCCUUUAUGGAUGAAUAUGAGAAGAUUGAGGAGGAGUUGCAAAAGCAGUAUGACAUUUAUCUAGAGAAAUUUCGAAAUCUGGCUUAUCUGGAACAGCAGCUCGAGGACCAUCAUAGGAUGGAGCAAGAGAGAUUUGAGGAAGUUGAAAACACUCUGCACCUGAUGCAGAACAAGCUGAAGGAGGAAGAGAAGCACCUGCUCCGGAGUGGAAGUAAUGAUGACUCAGAUAUUGACAGGCAGGAAGAUGACGAAUCUGACAGUGAAUUGGAGGAGAGGCGGCUGUCCAAGCCGCAGACGGCCAUGGAGGUGCUCAUGCAAGGAAAACCCAGCAAACGCAUCGUGGGCACAAAAGGCGGAGACUCUGACGACGACGAGGACUCUGAGGACAGUGAGACUGACCCGGAGGGUGAUGAAGAAGACUAUGAUUUGGAAGAUGAGAGUGUUGCUCUCUCGCCAGCUAAGCCCAGUCGAGGGGUCCGGAAGCCUGAGCCCCUGGAUGAGAGCGACAAUGACUUCUGA